AUGUCGCCACAAGGCACAUCUCAACAUUUUGAGAAGGCGGGAGAUCAGGUAAUUCCUCCUGAUCCAGAAAAAUCCUCGGAGCCAUACGCCAAGGAUCCCAUGACGUAUGGGAACGACAAGGGGGUGCAGCCUAACCCAAAACAAACAAUGCAUGAAAAGGCGCAGGAUACUAGUGGCAACCAAAAGUUUGGUGUACGCGUGCGUGAGCACUGGUGGCAGCUGUGGCGCUUUAAGAACCCACCUCCCCCUGCACCGGAAAGCAUUGACGAAGCAGAAGAACUCCCCCUGGGCCAUGCUAACAUCUUUUCGGAUUGGUCCUAUCAUUGGAUUGGCAAAAUGCUGGUUCUCGGCUACCGACGUCCGCUCGAAGCCACUGAUCUUUGGAAGAUGGACGGUCCUCGUCAGGCCGAGCAUUUGAGUGCCCGCGUUCUGGAUCGCUGGGAAGCCCGAGUUGCCAAGGCCGAUGCUUACAAUCGGAGAAUCGAGUCAGGUGAAAUCAAACCCUCUAAACGCAUGUAUCGGACUUGGCGGAAGCAGGCACAUAAAGAGCUUUCCGAAAACCUUGGAGGCGAUGCGUCCGUGGACGAGCGCGUGGAAGCCAAAGCGACAAUUUGGGGCAUGCCCGAGUUUUCUCAAUUGAAAGGUAUUGAAAUUACACCAGAGCUCGAACGCAAAAAACUGCUUGCAGGUAAAGUCAAGUCGUCUUGCAAACGUGCAAACCUAUUCAUGGCCUGCCUCGAUGUAUUUUGGCCGCAUGUUCUGGAGGCCUUCUUCGCCAAAUUGCUGGCCGAUGUGGCGCAAAUGUGCACAGCACUCUUGAUCGAACAUGUGAUUGUCAGUGUGUAUAAUAGAGACACAGGUAUGGGCUGUGUUUAUACGGUGGUCAUGUUUAUCAUGUUGCUACUCGGAAAUUUCUUGUCGGGACGAUUCUUUUACAAGAGUCUCUACGUGGGUGUAUUCUGCCGUGCUGCGCUCGUCUCUGGUCUAUUCCGCCGCGCUCUUAACAUGCAGGGCCGUGAUCGGUCGACGGGUAAGCUUACCAAUCAUGUCAGUACCGAUAUCAGUCGCAUUGACUUUGGUGCACAGUGGUGGCUACUUACCUUUACGGCGCCGGUGGAAAUCAUUGUCUGUUUGGUCAUUCUACUGACGCGGUUCGGUGUGUCCUGCUUGUCGGGCUUUGCGCUGGUGGUCGUUGUCACACCUAUUCAGAUGUAUACAAUGAAGUAUCUCUUCCAGCUUCGUGCCAAGUCAAUGCAGUGGACAGACCGACGUGCGCGUCGCACUCAGGAGGUCUUGUCUGGCAUGCGCAUCGUUAAGCUGUUUUCAUACGAAUCCAACUUUGUCAAGCUCAUUUCUGAUCUGCGCAAGGGCGAGCUGAAGUACGUGUUCGCGCUUGCUGUGGCUCGUGCUGGUCUAAUGGCUACGGCUAUCAGUUUGCCGCUGUUGGCUAGUGUCCUGGCCGUUGUAACGUACUACUACUCCCACGACCACAACUUUGAUGUUUCACGCGUGUUCCCUGCAAUCACUCUGUUCAACCUUCUUCGUUUGCCGCUCAUGUUCUUACCCUUUGGCUUAAGUGUGAUGGCCGACGGUGCAAACUCGUUCAGCCGUCUGCGUGAGGUCUUUUAUGCGGAGCAGCAUGACACGAACCUACAAAGCGACGAAAACUCACCGUACGGUCUGGACAUUAAGAACGCUACAUUUGUCUGGGAGGGCGUCGGCGAAGAUGAAACGCUCAAGCCUGUGAAGAAAAGUGAGAAGCGCAAGACUGAGCAGAAAAAAGCGAAGCAAAAGCGCAUGUGGACAUUUUUGCGCCGUCAUCGCAAGGAGAAAGAUGCAACAAAAAAGCGCCGCUUCUUCCGCCGCAAGGGCAAGGGCCAGGUUGUUGUCACUGAGGAGCCUAAGCCAACGGCGCCUGUGCAGGAGGACCCUGUUGACGAUGAAAGGUUUACUAUGGAGAAUGUGAACCUCCAGGUGCGCCGCGGUCAUCUAUGUGCCAUUAUUGGUCCUGUUGGUUCUGGCAAGUCGUCCCUCCUGCUCGGCGCUAUUGGCGAAAUGCGCAAGAUGAGCGGUGAUGUAACAUGGAGCUCGUCCCGUGUGGCAUUCUGCUCACAGUCGGCAUGGAUCCAGAAUGCGACGGUUCGGGAGAACAUCGUGUUCGGGCAGCCAUGGGACGAGAAGCGUUACUGGUCGUGCGUUGAGCGCGCCGAGCUAAUGUCCGACUUGGCUCUGCUUCAGGGCGGUGACAUGACGGAGAUUGGUGAGAAGGGUGUCACCCUCUCCGGUGGCCAGAAACAGCGUGUCAAUAUCGCACGUGCGCUUUAUUACGAUGCCGACGUGCUGUGCCUGGAUGACCCACUCUCGGCUGUGGACGCCCAUGUCGGCAAGGCGCUGUUUAACAAUGCGAUUUUGCCUGCGCGCAAUGCUGGAAAAACAGUGAUCCUCGUGACCCACGCAAUCCAGCAUUUACCCAUGUGUGACCAGAUUAUCGUGAUGAACGAGGGUUACAUUGAGGAAACCGGCCCGUACACAGAGCUCAUGGCGAAACGUGGCGACUUUUUCAACAUGAUGAUGAACUUUGGUAUGCUCAAGACAGACGGCGAAGAGGAGGAGGAUGCCGACGAGCUAGCUGCCGAGGCCGAGGGCAUCAAGCCACGUAAGGUGUUUGCGCUCGACGAAGUGCACAAACCUGGCCAUGGCAAGACAAUGGAAAGCGAAGAGCGCAAUACUGGUGCGGUGGAUGGCACUGUGUGGAUGUCGUACCUCCGUGCCGGCCGCUCCUGGUUUAUUUUGCCUCUUGUGUUACUCGCUGGCUCGUGUAUGCAAGCGUCGGUAAACCUGUCUUCGUACUGGAUUGUGUGGUGGCAAAAGUGGGUCGAGGAAAACCUGGUGCGCACUGGCCUCGAAGUCGGUAUUUAUGUGAUGCUAGGUAUUCUUCAGCUCAUCUUCAACUUUGUUAUGGAUGUGGCUCUGGGUCUUUUGACGGUGUUUGCGUCGCGCUCCUUACACGACCGUGCAAUCAAGCGCGUGAUGUACUCGCCUAUGGCAUGGUUUGACACCACCCCCAUCGGUCGCAUCAUUAACCGAUUCGGCAAGGAUAUUGAUGUGCUGGAUAACCAACUGAGCAACCUUAUUCGCCAGUGUGCGUCGACCGUGCUUUCAAUUCUCGGUGCAGCUAUCAUGAUUAUUGUCUUCACCUACUACUUCGUCAUUGUUGUGGUGUUCAUCUUUGUCUUUGCCUACUUUUUCUCGGCCUUUUAUCGUUCUUCGGCGCGUGAAUUCAAGCGUGUGGAUGCACUGCUGCGGUCCAAGCUCUACUCUCACUUUGCGGAGUCGCUGACGGGACUGACUACGAUUCGUGCAUACCGUGAGUCGGCCCGUUUCCUGCAUGACAACUACAAGUACAUGGACCUACAGAACCGGGCCUACUUCCUGACGAUCGUGAACCAGCGCUGGCUUGGUUUGCGCCUCGAUAUCCUUGGCUCUGUUUGUGUGCUGGUGACGGGCCUGCUGUGCUCGGCGCGUGUAGGUGGUGUGAAUCCCAGCACAGCGGGUGUAGCGCUGUCGCAGGUUGUCACCGUGGCGCAAACACUCGGUUUUCUCACUCGGCAGCUCACGGAGCUGGAAAAUGAGAUGAACUCUGCGGAGCGUCUCGUCUACUAUGCAAACGAGCUGGGUCAAGAGGCCCCGCACCAAAUUCCAGAGACAGUACCUGAGGCAUCCUGGCCGGAGCACGGUGAGGUCGAGCUGCGCGAUGUGUGGCUGCGGUACCGCCCUAACUUGCCCAAUGUGCUCAAAGGCGUUACGUUCAGGGUGCGCGGCGGCGAAAAGGUUGGCAUUGUGGGCCGCACCGGCGCGGGCAAGAGUUCCAUCUUGACCGUACUUCUGCGUCUUUCGGAGGCGACACAAGGCUCGGUGCUCAUCGACGGCAUCGAUGUGGGCCAGAUCGGUCUCGAGAACCUGCGUCGCAGCAUUGCGAUCUUGCCGCAGGAACCUUUACUGUUCAGCGGUACCCUGCGCUCCAACCUCGAUCCAUUUGGGCGCUUUGACGAUGCUCGCCUCUGGGACGCGAUGCACCGGUCAUACCUUACGGCCGCGUCUACGGCGAGCCAACCGGGGACCGGUGCGGUGACGCCACUCGUCGACGACAAUGGCCAGCCCCUGCCUACUGAGAAGCAGCCGACACAGAGCAGGGCGUUGACGCGCUUGAACCUUGAUUCGAUCAUCGACGAAGAAGGCGCCAACCUGUCUGUCGGCCAGCGUAGUCUGGUGUCUCUUGCGCGUGCAUUGGUCAAGGACUCGAAGAUCAUUCUACUGGACGAAGCAACGGCGUCAGUCGACCUGGAAACGGAUGCCAAGAUUCAGCGCACGAUCCGCACCGAAUUUGCUGAUCGCACACUGCUGUGCAUUGCCCACCGUUUGAGCACCAUUAUCGGCUACGAUAAGAUCUGUGUCAUGGACGACGGCAAGGUGGCCGAGUUCGACACGCCGUUGCGCCUGUUUGACGAUGUCAACAGUAUCUUCCGCGGCAUGUGCGACCGCAGCGGCAUCAAGCGCGAAGAAGUUGUCACGGCGCAUGCCAUCGCCUCGGGUGGCCAGUCGAACACAGCUGAUGAAAUUUCUGCAGCUAACAUGGGUCCCGAACUCGUGACUCUGAGUCCGCCCCACUACCAGUAA